AACCUCAUUGAAAGAACCCAACUUUCGGUUCCUAUAGCUUCCAAGUCGUCGCCUUUAAAAAACAAACACAGUAAUUUUCUCGGGAAAAAUCUGCAAAGAAAAGAAUAUGGGGAUCAAGAUUAAAUUAUUUGAUCUGGAAAAGCACUUUGCGUUCUACGGUGCAUACCACAGCAACCCAAUAAACAUAGCAAUCCACAUGUUAUUCGUUUGGCCGAUCUUCUUCACUGCUAUCCUCAUUCUUUGCUUUACUCCUCCUCUGUUUCAUCUCCCUCACAUCGAUUUCUCUCUGUUUGGGAGCCACGUUGCGUUGGUUUUGAAUUUUGGGUUCUUGUUUGCGUUGAUCUAUGCUGUGUUUUACGUGUGUUUGGACAUCAAAGCUGGGACCUUGGCUGCUCUGCUUUGUGGGGUUUGUUGGAUUGGUAGCAGCUUUCUCGCAGCUCGACUUGGGUUUUCUCUUGCUUGGAAGGUUGUUCUGGUGGUUCAAUUAGUCUGUUGGGCUGGACAGUUCAUUGGCCAUGGGUUCUUUGAGAAACGGGCACCAGCUUUAUUGGACAACCUUGUUCAAGCCCUUAUAAUGGCUCCCUUCUUUGUGCUAUUGGAGGCUCUUCAAACCUUCUUUGGUUACGAGCCAUACCUAGGGUUUCAUGCAGUUGUUCAAACAAAGAUUGAGGCUCAAAUCAAUGACUGGCAAGAAAAGAAGCAGAACUUGAUUUCUUAGAUUCUGCUUCCAUUGACAUUAGCAUGCAGGGGAUUUCAGUGAGUAUAGAAGACACAAACAAACUUGUAAAUAUGCACACUUUAUCUGUCAUCAUGUAAAAUCUGAUGCUAAGCACUUUAAGUGGAAUGUGCAUAAGCUUGUAGCAAGGACCGGAUAUGUUCACAGUAAACAGUUUUCUCAAUAAUUGUAGCUGAAAUAAACUGUUGCACUAGUUUUUCCUUGAUGCUUAUGGAUUAAGCUCCAACUAGGGAAUGCAUAAACUAAAAUGUGUGCGAAGUGUUUUCUCACUGA